GGAUGAGCUCCGCUUGUGGUCCUAUUCUUGACCUUCAUCUGUGAGAUCCGAGGUGAGGCUGGAGACGUGUCACGUUGGACAGAACAGCUCCAGCCACGGAAUGGGUAUUGGACAUUAAGUUGCACAUAGUACAUAAUGAUAAUGAGAUGAGGUACGUGGAAUAAUCGAAAGUGUCGAGCAGCGAACAAUAUAAAUACCCGGACCAUCCCCGUCCAUGACCACCAUCAUUAUCAGCAGCCUCAGCAACAUCGCAAGCAAGCCUACUGUCAAAACGGCCCAGACCAGAACACUCUCCAAACCAAACCAAUUCUAUCAAAAUGAAGUUCUCCACUGCAUUCACCACUGUCCUCCCCCUCUUCCUGGGCUCCGCCCUCGCUGCUCCCCUGGAACAAAGGGCCGAAACCGCAAGCCUCUCCUAUGAUGAACGAUACGAUGUUGCCAGUACAUCCCUCGAUGGUGUCGCCUGCUCCAACGGCUCCAACGGCGUCGAAAACUGGGGCUACCACACCUUCGGUGACCUCCCCGGUUUCCCCCGUGUCGGUGGUGCACCCACAAUUACCGGCUGGAACAGCCCCCAGUGCGGCACCUGCUACCAGCUCACCUACCAAGCCGGCACUGUCAACAACUCCAUCUACGUCACUGCCAUUGAUACUGGGUAUUCUGGCUUCAACAUCGGUCUGACUGCCAUGAACCAGUUGACCAACAACCAGGCCGCGCAGCUGGGCAGGGUGGAUAUUACCUACCAAGCUGUUGACCGAACCCUGUGUGGAUUCCCUGCCUCCGGCUAGAUCAACCUUCGACCCCCGAUACUGAGGUUUAUGCCGGCACGGAAGGAAUGAAACCGAUGUCGAAGAUUUGUAUUUGAUUGCAUAUUACAUUGCAUUCAUGAACGGCAUGCAUUAAUGGCGCAUUGUUAAUGUCUCUCCUUUCAAGCGUUUGCUAUGAUUGUCUCGAUCUAUAGAGUUCUCAUCAUGUCUCUCCUUUUGUACCAUGAGCAUUUAGUCUACUCAUAUGCAUCCCUUCAAAAUCGAAGAAUGUUUUACUAUAAUUGAGAUCCGUCCCCCAGAAGGGAAGAGGGAAUCGCGUUCAAUUCCAAGGACUGCAGCUUCACGGCCCUCAAUAUAGUGCUCUCAUAUCUGGUCUUGGGCUGAGGCGGAUUCCUCUAUUCCC